AUGCCAUUAUGUUUCGGAGGAAACGACACCGAGCCGAAAGAUGAAUACGACCAACUUCCCUUUGGGCUUCGAUGGCGCAUGCACUUUGGCAAGAAAGAAACUGAUCUAGAUUCUGGUGAAACAAUCAUGCGCCUGAGCAAUAAUAGAAUACUCAAAACUCACGGUGCCAAUACCGAGUAUCAGGCCUUGAAGCUCAUCGAUCGGCAUACCUCGGUACCGUCGUACAAAGUCCUGGCGGUGUACAACAGACCAGAAGGGAAGCUGGUGGAAUAUGAAGCUUAUCCAGGAAAACCUUUACAACAAGUCUGGCCUGGCAUGUCGGCGCAUCAGAAGAACAAGAUCAUUGCCGAUCUGGGUCGCUUUGUGGACCAGCUGAGAAAAAUGCAACCACCGAAACACUGUGUAAUAGGCGAUGCAACCCUCGGGGCCGCAAUGGAUCACAGAUUUGGUUCCUGCAAAAUAGGACCUUUCUUUUCUAUUGAAGCGUUUCAGGAAUUCGAAAGAAGAGGGCAUUCCGUUGAUCAUUUUCCCGAGAAAGAAAUUCAACAAGUUCACGCUCCGAAGAAGCCAUAUCAACUCAAAUUUACUCACGCAAGUCUUUGUCCCAAAAACAUCCUUGUGGAUGAUGCUGGAAGAGUGUGUGCCUUGAUAGGUUGGGAAUCCGCGGGAUGGUAUCCGGAGUAUUGGGAAUACACUCAAAUGUGUCAUUUGACACCAAAGACUAUGGGAGAUUGGCUAGAUGCCAUGACCAAGGUUAUUCCUCGAUACGAUCAAGAACUAGCAUGCGAGGAAGCUCUACGUGCGAGAUAUACGAGCUCGAUAUAUGAUACUCCCAGGAGUGUUCGAGCUCCAAGUCCUUCACCAAGUGAAUUACGCGCAGAACAACAAGAAAUUGACGACAAGAAUACUGAAGAUACCAGUGGAUAA